UGUGCUGCAAACCAAAGGGAUAACAACACUUCAUUUUGAGAGAUCUUAAGAGAUUAUUACAGAAGGUAGCCAUCUUUGAAGGUACACAUGGUCCAAUGGCAACCACAGAUUUCAGGAUAAUUGUGAAAAUCUCUGUUUUGAUAGUAAAAUUGGAUUUAUUAUAAUGCGUAUGAUAUGAAAUAAUGUUGUUUCAAUCUGUUUAUUGUGGAAUUUUUAAUCUCAUAUGAGUUGUUAUCCCUUUAAGUUUGUAUGCUUCAGUUGCCAUCAGUCCCACAAAUGAUGAUGCAGCACGUAGCCCUCGCUUGUCUCCCGACAUGACCAAGCUGGCUUACUUAGCUAACAAAUCAGGUGGCGCCUAUUGCCAGUGUAGUACACUAGUCCUGUACAAUUGGCUUGAAAAGCAGACUAAAACAGUUGUGAACAUAGUGGAUACAAUAAAUGGUGAUGAAUUCCCAGGGUUAUACUCACUGCUGCUGCCAGAGAGAUGCUGGUGUGAUGACAAUAUAAGAGUUGUUAUUGAUACAGAGUGGAGGAGCAAAUGUGAAGCUGUGGUCAUCAACACAGAUACCAGUGAGGUGAUCAGACUGACUAAAGAUGAUGAGAUUGGGAACUGGCAUGUCUUAGAUGUGGUUGAUGACUAUGUUCUGGCACAGUGCUCACCUCCAAAUCAACCUCAUUUUUUGAUGGUGGGUGAGCUUCCUGAAGCCAAUAAAGAACAAGAGAUAAAGUGGAACAGGCUGGGUGAAGACGCGACCCUUGAGGACAUCACCUGGAAAAUUUUAAAACACAAUAGAAGUCCUGAUGGGGACGUAACCAAAGAGUUUGAGAGUGUUUUAAUCAGUCCAAAAACGGACUCCUCCAAGAAACCCCCCUUAGUUGUCUAUCCUCAUGGUGGACCUCACUCUGUGUUUUCUUCAGAGUACUCUCUGUAUGCAGCAGCACUAUGCAAAUGUGGCUUUGCAGUUCUGUUUGUAAAUUACGGUGGAUCCACAGGGUUUGGACAGGCGUCCAUUGAGGCUUUACCUGGUAACAUUGGUACUGCUGAUGUCAGUGAUGUACAGUUUGCUGCAGAGUGUGUGGUGAACAGUGCCUUCAAGUUGGUCCAUAAAAGACGUGUCUUUCUAGCAGGGGGGUCCCAUGGGGGUUUUCUUACAGCACAUCUCAUUGGACAAUAUCCCGAUUUUUAUCGUGCUGCUGUUCUCAGGAAUCCAGUAGUAAACAUUGCCUCCAUGAUGCAUACCACUGACAUCCCUGAUUGGUGUUGUGUAGAGGCUGGGCUGGGAUUUGACUUCAAAACCAUUUGUGAUCCUGCAGGCUACCAGGCACUCUGGAAACACUCCCCUAUAAGAUAUGCUGACCAGAUGAAGACCCCCUCAAUUAUCAUGCUGGGUGCCAAUGACCUCCGUGUGCCUCCAUCUCAGGGCAAAGAGCUGUACAAGGCACUGCAUUCCAGAGGAGUCACUGUCAGAUUGCUCAUUUACCCAGACAACAGUCAUCCGUUGAACAAAGUAGAUACUGAAGCUGAUGCCUUCAUGAACAUUGUGAAGUGGUUCUGGGACCAUUUACAUAAAGAAGUUCCAGAAGAGACAAUAUAAGAGAGAUACACCAUUUG